GGAGGUGAAGCGGACGGAACAUUCAAACGCUGCCGCCGGACCUUUCAUAUUUCGGCCCAAGGAGCGCGUGGGUCGGUCAGUACACUGGAUGUUAGAAGCUGGGACAGACUUGAAACCUCUGGGACGGGUGCAAUCCACAAUUUAAAUACUGCACGCAACAGUGAUAUAUUUGAAGAAAAGAGACUUAAGCUAGGCUGUCAAGGACAUCAUCACGGGAGCCGCUGAAUCGAAACGUUACCGGUGAAAGAGGUUGAGAUGGAGCGGUGGAAAGGCAGAGUGGCCCUGGUGACCGGAGCCUCGGUUGGGAUUGGAGCAGCUGUAACUCGGGCUCUGGUCCAACACGGAAUGAGGGUUGUGGGCUGUGCCCGGAAUGUCGACAAAAUUGAGAAGCUGGCAGCAGAGUGUCAGAGUGCAGGCUACAGUGGCACACUCAUCCCAUACAAAUGUGACCUGUCUAAUGAAGAGGAGAUCCUGUCCAUGUUCUCAGCCAUCAAGACGCUGCACAAGGGAGUGGAUGUGUGCAUCAACAACGCAGGGCUGGCUCACAACGAACCCUUACUCAGCGGAAAGACAGAGGGCUGGAGGAACAUGAUUGACGUGAAUGUCUUAGCCCUGUCCAUCUGCACCCGUGAGGCCUACAAAUCAAUGAAGGAGAGGAAUGUGGAUGAUGGCCACAUCAUUAACAUUAAUAGCAUGGGCGGGCACCGAGUUGUGGCGAGCGCUGAUGAACAUUUUUACUGUGCCACCAAAUAUGCCGUGACCGCUUUGACUGAGGGGAUAAGGCAAGAGCUUCGAGAAGCUAACACUCACAUCAGAGCCACUUGUAUAUCUCCUGGAAUAGUAGAGACUGAGUUUGCCUUUCGACAUCACAACAGUGAUCCAGAGAAAGCAGCAGCAGUGUAUGAGAGCAUGAAAUGUUUAAAAGCAGAAGAUGUAGCCAGCGCUGUGACAUUUGUCCUCAGCGCCCCUCCUCACGUUCAGAUUGGAGAUGUGCAGAUGAGGCCAGUAGAGCAGGUGUCAUAGCGGUGAUACUGGAAGCUGCAGCUCGAGCAGAGGUACAGACAGCCACCGUGACUCCUUAGCGGCCUCUGCUGGCGAUGCAUGUUGGGAGGGAGGUGGGGUGGGGGUUGGGUUGGGUCUGCAGGGGCGUGACCAAGGAGAAGGAGCCUUAAAGUGGCUGUGCAGGGAAAUGACAGGCUUGGACUCUAUAAACCACUGCAACAAUACUACUGAAUGCAGCAGCGCGGAGCUCCCGAAGGAAGCCAAACGGCAACAGGAACAAACGGGGCCGAGCUGCUGUGAUCGUCCAUCACCUCAGACAGAAGACUGGCUUUUGCACAAAUGUACCGUUUAUUUGUAGGUCACAUGACACAUCAUUCACACGUAUUUGAAGGAAUAAUUGUUUUAAGUAAACUUUUUAAAAGUAAAUAUCUUAACUUAUAAUUCUACAUAGCUGCAGUCUUACAUGAGCUAAUUGUAGACAAUGUUAUGUCAUACCUACUGUGAAUAAUCAACAACACUCAGCCCUUCCUGCUCCAUUAUUAACUAUAGGAUUCCACAAAGAUCUGUUUUCCUCGUCUGAACUGAUAAACCCUUUAAAGGAGGGCCGGGGUCAUUUUUAAACACGUGUCCUAGUCUUUUAGGCACCAGGGUUUCUACAGUCCACCUUUCUGCCUUUUUUGUUCUGCACUUUGGAUUCACUUUCGAGGAGUUCCCUGAAGUAAAUUAGCUCUGUGCACAUGUAAACUCUCAAACGUGUUCCUCUCUGUCGAAGUUUCUCAUUUAUGAAUGAAUAAAUCUUGUUUCCCUGACUUCA